CUGUUAUUGGCUGCUAGCUUGCUGUCAGUCAUGGAAAGAUGAGAAAUAAAAGAGAGAAAGAAUACAAAAUUUUGCCUGUAAUCGUUGAAGAGGACCAUCAUGAGGUACUUCCUCAUAUCUAUCGCUCCAUUGGAUCCAGGCAUCUACCCCUUGGGAAGCUGACAUUGGUGCACUUUGAUUCCCACCCUGACAUGCUUAUACCAUUGGACAUGCCAGCAGACACUGUAUUUAUGAAGGAGAAGCUAUAUGGUUGUUUGAGCAUUGAGAACUGGAUCAUGCCGGCGGUUUAUGCGGGGCACAUCAGUCAUGUGGUAUGGGUAAAACCUCCAUGGUGUUCCCAGAUACACAACACAGUCACAGAGUUUGUGGUGGGCAAGUGUCAGCAGACUGGAUGUAUCAGGACUAGCUGUAAGGAGAGUUAUUUUGUUAGUGAAGCCCUGUAUGUCCCUGAGAGCAAGCUGGAUAACAAACACACACUUAAACUUACAGUGCUUACACUCACACCACAACAUUGGGACCAAUUGUCAAAAAGAAGAAGUGCACAUGUUGAAGGAGCUGAUGUAUUGAACAAUACAGAGUCUACAUGUAUGUGUAAAGUCGAAGCUGGUUGUGAUAAAGGAACCUGUUGUAAAAACAUGACAAAUUCUAAUACUGAAAAGUUAAUAGGGUGUUGUAAUUCUGUGAUUGCUAGUGAAACUGGCUGUAGUUCUUUCAAUACUGCUAAACAUUCUGUCCAUGUUACAAGUGAAGAACCUCAACCAAAGCGGCAAAGAGUUGACAGUGCAAACACUGAAACAUGUCUAGAACAAAACCUUGAAUCUGUGAUAAAUGCCCUGUCAGAACACAUAGGAGAUAGCCGUUACAUACUGGAUAUUGACCUGGAUUUCUUCUCAACGAUGAAUCCAUUCCGAGAGAUGUAUGGGGAAAGAGAGUAUUCCAUACUUGGGGAUCUCUACAAGUUCACUCAACCGCACAGUCUUGAGGACAAGGACAUAGAAAAAUGUGUGAUAGCCAGGCAGAAGCAACUGGACAACCUCAAGUCUGUGUUCACUGCUUUCGAGAAAGACUCCAAGGCAAAAAUAGUGCAUGAAAGAGCUGACCUUAUCCAUGAGCUGGUAACCAGCCUGCAAUCUCAGUGGGGAACGAAAGUGGAUUACCAGCUGGUGAACGAGGCUGGUUGCACGUGUGAUGACUCCGAGUUACCCCACCACGUCAGUUCAAUUCCCCAGAUAGAGGGACUUGUGAAGUGUGCUCAAGACUUCUUGGCCUGUCUCCCUAAACCAACCAUUGUCACUGUAGCAAGGUCGAGUUCUGAUGACUACUGCCCGCCCAACCAAGUUGACAUGAUACAGGAGUUGGUACUCAACAUGUUAGGGGACCUCUACCAUGAAAUAAAUGUGGAUCUACAGUAUGAGGAUGUCGAGUAACACCACUGUUGACAAUAUGAAGACCCUGUUUACGAGUGUCAUGUCCUAUUUGGAAGAGUAAUAAACAGUCAUGUGACUGACAAUCUAAGUAACUACACUAAAAGUUGCACAUGUACCUCAGGGGUUUAAGAAGAUCAUAAGCAUUACCUACUUCAGCCAUUGAUUUCUCUUCUUAUACAUUUUGUUUAUGUUUAUUGUUGCUCUUGCUGAAUAAAGUAUUUCUAAAUGCU